AUGUCGGCACAAAGGACUCGAAAGACUGCAGAGGCUCUGCGUUGCUCGACAUGUAAAGAACGCAAAAUCAAGUGUGAUGGAACGCGGCCCGUCUGUCACAACUGCCAAAAGGCGCAUCGGGAGUGCCGCGCAGGCCAUGCCUUUGAGUUGUCGUGGCCCAAGCCAAAAUCAAGGCGGGCUCUAGAGGGCCCCAAGGACGACAGAAACUACCUGAUGGCGCAAAGCCGGAUGCACUCUCGCUUCCGUCACAAAGGCGGCAACAGCUACUACUUUGUCAAUGUGAUUUCCGAGCAGGUCGCCGCACACCAUCUGCUCCCGUACGUAUCGACCAGUCAAGUCUACCACGAAGCUUCCAACUCCUUGCCCCAGCUCGACAAUGAGCCGCAGCAGUUCCGAGACCUUCUGCUGCGGAUGUCUCUAUACGACAACACAGCCUCCUCCAAAGCGGUUCUUUACUCUCUCUUCUGUCUGUCUGCACUGAGGCGCUAUGGAAAUGUCCAAGAAUGCGCUCAUUUCAAGGUCUUGGCACUCCAGUCGCUUCAGCAGGCCGCCAAAACCGAGGGCAUCGGCGCGGCUCGCAUCCUGCAACACAUGGCCGCCGGCCUACUCCUGUGCCGGGCCGAGAUCAGCCUGGGCGACGACUCGAGCGUCUUCUGGGCCCUGUACAUCUGCAGUCUUCGAACAGUCUGCAGCCACUCCCUCAAUGAGAAAUUCAAAAGAGGGGAAGUCAUUGACGGCGACGCCACCAUUCUCUACCGAUACCUACAUUACCACGACAUCUUAGCCCAGUUUAGCGUGAGCCAUUGGCAACGGCCAUCGGACAUGGUGCAUAAACUGAGCAUGACCUUCAAAGGCGAGACCGUGGAAUUCAAAUGUACCAAUCAUUUUGACCGUUUCUACUAUUGUGGCUGGGGCGAUUAUCUCCAGUACGAAAUCCAUAUUCUGUCCUUGGUUCUCAAGGCCUCGAAAGAGGCACAAUUAGACCUCGCAGUCCAUCCCGGCCCAAGCCGCGCCGAAAAUAUCAACCGCCUCGAAGCGGACAUCAACGAGUUCCUGAAAAAUAGCAAGUUGGCGUGUGCUGAUAUUAGCUCCGUCGACGAAAAAGACCCAGCUGCGGCGGCGGACGCCGGAUUGAGGCUACAGCGCUAUCUCUUCAUGGCGUCCACUUGGAUCUAUUUUCAGCGGACGUGCCGCCAUCUGACCGGCCCGUCGGCGGCGGUGGAUGCGUUGUUUGACGAGAUCUUUGCCAUGAGCUGCGACAUGCAACGCCUCGACGUCCGCAUCACGCCCUUUUCUCUGUUUUUGAUCGGCGCCGAAGCCAACACAGACGCCCGUCGCCGGGCCGUCCUGGACGUUAUUCACAGCCGGCCCGAACUCAUGCCCGUUGCAUCCAAGGCGCUGGAACUGCGCGGCGACAAGUCGACGCCGUCGUACGUUGAUUGCCUCGUCGCUGCGGUGUGGGCGCAAGACGACCUCCAUGACGACUCCGACGGCUACCUCGAUUACGUGACCAAGAUGCAAUACGUGAUUUCGGCCAGGGCAGUCCUUCCCGCUCUUGUGUAA